CGGGGAGCGUUUAACGUUCCGCGCUGCAGCCGCCGACUCAAAAAUCUCUCGGCGAAAUGGCGGAGACGACGGACAGGAUGGAGGUGUCCCAGGGAGAAAGCUCAGAGAAGCCUGCUGCGGAGGACAUGACGUCCAAGGACUACUACUUUGACUCCUACGCUCACUUCGGCAUUCAUGAGGAGAUGCUUAAGGAUGAAGUGCGCACACUCACGUACAGAAACUCCAUGUUUCACAACAAGCAUCUGUUCAAGGAUAAGGUGGUGUUGGAUGUAGGCAGUGGAACAGGCAUCCUGAGUAUGUUUGCGGCCAAGGCUGGUGCCAAGAAAGUCAUCGGCAUUGAGUGCAGCAGCAUAUCAGACUAUGCUGUGAAGAUUGUCAAGGCCAACAAGCUGGAUCAUAUUGUAACCAUUAUCAAGGGCAAGGUGGAGGAGGUGGAGCUUCCGGUGGAGCAUGUAGACAUCAUUAUCUCUGAGUGGAUGGGCUACUGUCUCUUUUACGAGUCCAUGCUCAACACAGUGAUCUAUGCUAGGGACAAGUGGCUGAAACCUGAUGGGCUCAUCUUCCCUGACAGAGCUACCCUUUACAUCACAGCCAUUGAAGAUCGGCAAUACAAGGAUUACAAAAUCCACUGGUGGGAGAACGUCUAUGGGUUUGAUAUGUCCUGCAUUAAGGAAGUGGCCAUUAAGGAGCCUCUGGUGGAUGUUGUUGACCCGAAACAGCUUGUCAGCAGCGCCUGCCUCAUUAAGGAAGUGGAUAUCUACACAGUGAAGAUUGAGGACCUGUCUUUCACCUCACCCUUCUGCCUGCAAGUGAGGAGAAAUGACUACAUCCAUGCUCUAGUCACCUAUUUCAACAUUGAGUUCACACGCUGCCACAAAAGGACCGGCUUCUCGACCAGUCCAGAGUCUCCUUAUACUCACUGGAAGCAGACUGUGUUUUAUCUUGACGACUAUCUGACCGUGAAGACAGGAGAGGAGAUCUUUGGCACCAUCAGUAUGAAACCCAACGUCAAGAAUAACAGAGACCUGGACUUCACUGUAGAUAUUGACUUCAAGGGCCAGCUCUGUGAGAUGUCCAAGACAUCGGAGUACAGGAUGCGCUAGAUCCCCUCUAGUAUUAGUGUGUUUGCAUCUGGGGCAACUUUUUGAGGCAGAUCAGUGCAUGUUGUGUGUGUAUGUGUUUGUGUGUGUGAGUGUGUGACCUCAUUCUUUUUAGAGAUCUGGUCUUAUGCUGUGAAAUCACUGAAAGAGGAGGAGAGUUUUCAGCUUUUAUAUGGACACUGAGUUUAUAUACAGUGACUGCACUGGAAGAGACUUGACAUUUACUCUUCCUUUUUCUUUUUUUCUUUUUUAAAAUUAAUUGUGCAAUAGUCUCAAAGAACAGAUUUACUUUAACCUUGCCAUGAUUUAUUUGGCCACCUAACUUCAAAGUAUUUUCCUGCCCAGUGUGAAAUGAUCAGGCAUAUCUAAGACAUGCACACACAAACAUGCACUGCCUCCCUCUUGCCUGUAAAUAGUGUUCAUGUUCAGUCACUUCAAACUGUUGUGGAGUCAUGAAUCCUGUUACAGCAACACAUGCCUGUCCCUGGUUUUUCCCCCUUUUCUUUUUUUUUCUUUUAGUUUCUAUUCCUCAGAUCCUCCUGUGACAGUUUCAUUGCCCUUCCAUCAGCCAGUCAGCAUGUCUGUUAGUCAUGGGGGAGGGAGGGGGAGCAAAUGCAAGUCGGUCAUUUAUUGUAUAUUUGAAAUUAUCUGUCCACAGUCCAGUUUUCAGUGUAAAAAAAAAAA